CUGGCGCUGCGGCCACUUCGUUCUGUCCCAUCUCACCGGCAUUUUACCAUCCGCUCGCGCCACUCGCUGGGAUCACGUGAGUGGGACUAGCCAGUCAGGCCGCAGCACCCGCCUCCACCCGACCGUCUUGCUGCGUAGUCAGGCCGCCUGCUGCCGAGCCGAUCUGUGACUUUCUGGGAAAUACCCCUGUUGAUUUAUAGUGUGAAAAUACUGAGGACCUGCAACAAUGCGUCCCAUGCGCAUCUUCCUGAGCGACGACCGCCAUGUCAUGGCAAAGCAUGCUCUUGUUUAUCCAACUCAAGAUGAGCUAGAAGCCGUACAGAACAUGGUGUCUCACACUGAAAGGGCACUGAAAGCGGUGUCGGACUGGAUAGACCAGCAAGAAAAAGUCAUAGGUGGGGAGACUGCGCCAUUAGUACCUGAAGCCACAGAGGAGAGUAAUGAAGAGGGCAAGGAGAGUAGUGACAGCAAAGCUGGAGAGAACUCCACCAGAACGCUCCGUGGUGUGAUGAGGGUUGGGCUCGUUGCCAAAGGACUACUCUUGAAGGGAGACUUGGAUCUGGAAUUGGUUCUUCUCUGUAAGGACAAGCCCACCAUUUCUCUUCUGAGGAAAGUGUCAGAUAAUCUUGUGGUGCAGUUUGUGACUGUCUCUGAGGAGGAUAAAUACGAAGUCGUACCUGACAUUCGAGAAGCCACAAUUGUAAUUAAAAAUACAAAAGAGCCGCAGCUUGUUCUUAACAUCCGUCUAACGUCUACUCUGGUCCGUGAGGAGGUGGAGAAGCUGAGUGCUGGAGAAACGAUAUCAGUCAGCGAUCCUCCGGACGUUCUGGACAGGCACAAAUGCCUUGCUGCAUUGGCGUCACUCCGACACGCCAAGUGGUUCCAGGCUAGGGCUAAUGGGCUGAAAUCCUGUGUCAUUGUCAUCCGUGUGCUGCGGGACCUGUGCACCCGUGUACCUACAUGGGAGCCCCUAAGAGGCUGGCCUCUAGAGUUGCUAUGCGAAAAGGCCAUUGGAACAGCAAACCGACCGAUGGGGGCUGGUGAAGCUUUCAGGAGAGUCCUAGAAUGCCUCAGUUCUGGAAUACUAAUGCCAGAUGGUCCUGGCCUGUAUGAUCCAUGUGAAAAAGAAGCUACAGAUGCCCUUGGACAUCUAGAAAGGCAACAACGAGAAGAUAUAAGCCACAGUGCACAGCAUGCACUCAGACUGACUGCAUUUGGCCAACUACAUAAAGUUUUAGGCAUGGACCCAAUGACCACAAAGGUGUCUAGAAACGGCAGAAAGCCAGAGCCGAUGAUUGAUUACACAGUCCAGAUUCCUCCCAGCACAACCUACGUUAUACCAGUCCUGAAACGCCCCAUAGAGGAGGACAGUGAAGACAAAUCGCCAAGUAAGAAGAAAAAGAAGAUUCAGAAGAAAGAUACAGAUAAGAGUGAGCCUCCACAAGCAAUGAAUGCCUUGAUGAGGUUGAACCAGCUGAAGCCAGGCCUCCAAUACAAACUGGUAUCUCAAACAGGACCAGUCCAUGCUCCCAUCUUCACAAUGUCUGUGGAGGUGGAUGAGAAGACUUUUGAGGCUUUUGGACCCUCAAAGAAGACUGCUAAACUACAUGUGGCAGUUAAGGUUCUGCAAGACAUGGGACUUCCCACAGGGAUUGAAGAGAAGGAAGAGGCGUCUGAGGAAACUGAGCAGAAGCCAAUAAUCCAGACUCCAGUUCAGACGGACAGUGCUCAGCAGGAUAGUGAAUCCCCAACAGACCAGACUGAACUUUCUAAGCAGCAAGGGCCUAUUAUAACAAAGCAUGGGAAGAACCCAGUCAUGGAGCUGAAUGAGAAGAGACGUGGCCUGAAAUACGAGCUAAUAUCAGAAACUGGUGGCAGCCACGACAAGAGAUUUGUGAUGGAGGUUGAAGUAGACGGCACUAAAUUCCAAGGCUCUGGCUCUAACAAGAAGGUUGCAAAGGCCUACGCUGCACUAAAUGCCCUAGAGAAACUCUUCCCUGACUACAGCAUGCACCCAGAGGCUCCCAAGAAGAAGCGGCCCCCAAUGAUGGCUAGGGGUGGGGGUCCAAGGGGUGGAAAAGGUUUUGGCAUGAUGUUCAAUGAAGUUCCCCCACCACAAGUAAUGCGUGGUCGUGGCAGAGGAGGAAUGAAUCGUGGCAGAGGAAGGGGCCGUGGCUUUGGAGGCAGUCCCGGGUACAUGAAUUCAGGUGGAUAUGGCGGUUAUGGUGGAAACUACAACUAUCAAACUUCAGCGACAGCUGGAUACAGUCAGUUUUACAGCAAUGGUGGCUCAGCCAACGCUAGCGGAGGCGGUGCAGGUUCUGGUGGCUACAGCUCAUAUUACCAGGGUGAAGGUUAUACAGCACCAACUCCUCCUAAACCAUUUGUGAGCAAGAAGCCACCGCCCCAACCACAACAGCCACCACAGCAGCCACCGGCACCACAACAUGCAGUGGCACCAGCCAAACCGGCUUACAACCAGGGUUACCAAUCGCACCAGGCACAGCCGCAGCAGAGCUACAACCAGAGCCAGUACAGCAGCUAUGGACCACCCCAAAAACAGAAGGGAGGCUACAACCAAGCAUCUCAGGGAGGUGCUAGCACCUCCUACAACUACUCUAACUCCUACAGCAGCGGGGCAGCCUCAGGUUACACUGCUGGAGAUGGUUCAGGUGGCCGAGGUGGCAGUUCAUACACAGCACCCAGCACUGGCUACAAUGCGGGCACAGCCUAUGGGACUGGUGCCAACAAUACCUCAUACCAAGGAUAUACACAAUCGAACUACAAUCAAGGUCCUGGACAAAACUAUACCGCCCCUCCGCAAGCUUUCCAACCGCCCCAAGGCAGCACUGGGAACUAUGGCAGAAACGUGGAUCACACCAUGAAUUACCAGUACAGAUAGACUGCCCCUUCCUCCUUUAUUGCCCAUACAUAACCCUCUCCCAAAGGAACAUCUAGCUUCUGUUACCACUUACUGGUUUUACAGCAUCUAUGGAGAGUUUAUUCCCCCACGUUGCAGUGCUUUUUAUUACGUGAUGACUCUGCUCUUUCCCAUGUACGUGGCAACAUGUCAAUUUUGUAUUGGUCCCUCUGUAUCUCUAUCACCUGUUGCCGCACCAGAAGGCCUGUUGUGCGUAUACUGUAAUUUUGGUUUUCAAAAAAAUGUUUUGUCUUUUUAUUUAAGUUAUGGUAAUGAGAGCUCACUAUGUGAUUGCUGCCAUGGCUCCCGGCAAUAUAGUAUGGUGUCCACAGGCCAUAUAAUGCUUGUCUGACAGUCAAUAGGAGUUCCUGCUGGAGCUGGUUCUGUAAGUGUAUAAUCCUGUGCUGGGGCGUUGGGUGGUUGCUGGUAAUAACAGUAGGUAACCUGUGGCUCUUCAGCUGUUGUGGGACCAGAUGUUCCAGCAUGUCCUGCCUGGUGUUCUCUAUUAAAAGGCACAAGUUGCCUUCUACAAUUGAUAGUUGUGUAUGCUGUCAGUUUUUCCACAGCUAGAGAGCCACAAGUUGCCUAGUGCUAGUUGUGAAACAACUUUCAGGUUCUUGUAGCUUCCUGUGAGCUACCUUCUGAUAUCCGAGCUACAGUAACUGUUGGCUUAUGAUUCAAUCAGUUGUCCCUUUCCUGAUGCUUCUAGUCUCUCGGCUGUCAGCCCCUAAUCUCAACAAGGAUUUGUAUUUGGCAUUAUCAGUUUCUGAGGUUUUUGGCCUGAGUAGUACACGCCUAUCUGCACCAGUUUUCCCAUUUAAAAUAAUUCUGUGAAGUGACUUAACAAGCUUUAUGUAUUUUAAUGCGUUUAACGUUUUUUCCUUUUUGCUAUUUUUGUGUUUUAUAAGUGAAGAUUUUAUUUUAAGACAGUGGGAUGUGUCAAAGGGUUUUUUUUUUUCUUGGUAUGUCUCGUUUCAUUCAGGCAGUAUCAGAGUGAGCCGAAACAUAGUUUAAAAUAAAAAAAAAUAAAAAUUGUAAAAAAG